UGGCGCAUUUUGAUAGUUACCACACACGAGAGUAAGAGAGAGAGAGAGAGAGAGUAUGGCGACGUCAGACAUCAGCUGAUUCGACCUCCGUUUUUCAAUUCAAGAGGAAGAAAAUGAUAAAUGUCGAAAAUUCACGGCUAUCACGCCGUUGAUAUUGAAAGAUCGUGAAUGUAAAAGAUGACUCCGCCCUUGAGUCGAAAGCGUGGCUCGUCAGUAAGUUUCACACGAGCAAAAGAUGACACUGAAAAUGGAGGAGAUGAAAUUCAAAUAUCAUUGGCACCUUAUAUUCAAACAUAUUUGGCCCACAGUGGCCAAGGCGUUGGAUGCUGUGGAAUUGGUUUGCCAGUUCCAUUUGAACGAGCCGCCCCACGAUCCUGGUGGAAUCCAAAAUUUGACUCUGAAAUUCUCGAGGAACAAUUUAAAAGAAGUGCCUUUCCUCAAAUUAGAUUGAGAUUUCGAUACGCUCUCACUUAUAUUCUACUAGUAUCAGUAUCAUGGCUUGUUUAUUUUGUGAUAAAAGGAAUAGAAAAUAAAUCAAAUACAUGGCCAGGAAUAACAAUAAUUUUUGGUGUUUUGGCAUUUUUAAUAUCAGCAGUACUUUAUUUAACGCACACUGAUUAUUAUCAAUCGUGUGUUGUAUUAACAUCAGUUAUUGUUGCAAUAAUAUUAUGUCUAUUAUCAUUAGGAUUUUUAAUUUUUGUCCCACCAUAUUUAGAUGGUCUCACUCUAGUUGGACAUUUUGCAUUAUGUUCGGAAAUUUUAUUAUUAAUUUAUACCGUUAUACCAAUGCCACUUUAUGCUUGUGUUGGUAUUGGUACAAUAUAUUCAAUAAUAUUUGAAAUUCUCACCGCUUAUCUUUAUGGUUUUGAUGUGAUGAAGAAAAAUUUUAUUAAAAAUACAACUGAUAUUAGAGAAUCGUCAUUUAAUUUUAAUUCAAUUUCUAAUGAUGAUAGUAUAAAAAAUUUGCAUUCCUCUCUCGAUGUGAGAUAUAAUUAUUAUGAUGAUGUUGAUUUUUCAACAACACUCGCCAUUCGUAUUUUAAUGCAAAUUUGCAUUCAUAUUAUUGGUGUUCAUAUUUUAAUUAUGACAUUUGUGAGAAUGCGAGGUACAUUUAUGAAGGUGGGACAAUCACUGUUGGUUCGUUGUCAAUUGGAAAUGGAAAAUCAAUUAAAGGAGAAAAUGAUACUUUCAGUGAUGCCGCCAAAAGUUGCAAAUUGGCUAAUGGAAGAAAGUGAACGUGAACGUGAACGUGAGGAUUCAUUAAAAAAAGGUUCAAUACCAUCAAAUAAUACUGAUAUUCGUUCAUUAUUUCGUCCAUUUAAUAUGCAUUCAAUGGAGGAUGUGAGUAUAUUAUUUGCCGAUAUUGUUGGUUUUACACGUAUGAGUUCAAAUAAAACUGCCGAGGAACUUGUUGGUAUACUCAAUGAUCUUUUUGAAAGAUUCGAUGAUCUUUGCGAUCAUCAUGGUUGUGAGAAAAUUUCAACAUUAGGCGAUUGUUAUUAUUGUGUGAGCGGUUGUCCUGAACCAAGACCUGAUCAUGCAAAAUGUUGCGUUGAAAUGGGAUUAGCAAUGAUCGAGGCAAUUAAACAAUUUGAUAUCGAAAGAAGAGAGGGUGUAAAUAUGAGAGUUGGCGUUCACACUGGAACGGUUCUUUGCGGUAUUGUGGGAACAAAAAGAUUUAAAUUUGAUGUUUGGUCAAAUGAUGUGACUCUAGCUAAUAAAUUAGAAAGCACUGGAACAGCAGGCAGAGUUCAUUUAAGUGAAAAAACAUUUAAUUUUCUAGACGAUCAAUAUUUAAUAGAGGAGGCAGAACCAAUAAAAGGAUUGAAAACAUAUUUUGUUAAAUCGAGAAAAUCUGAUAUAAUGUCAGAAUUUUUAACGAAUGUAACAACAACAACAACAAUACCAACAUUGGCACAAGAAGCAACGAGUAUUUCGCCAUUAAUGCAAUCUCGUCAUCGUAUUGGCUCUUGUAAUAGUCAUUCAAAACCAAGACCACAUUAUCUUCAUAUGGUGACUAAUGCAAAUUGUUAUCGAAUGAAGGCAAAUUCAUUGCCAAGUAUUUUGGAUUCGGAGAAUGAUGAAGAGGAAGGUGAUGUGAGUGAUGAUAAGGAAGAUGUUAAUAAAAGUCCCACAUCAACGGCAAGUUAUGGAAAAAAGAAACCAAAAAAUAAACCAUGGCGUUAUCUUCAACGACAAAGAACAACCGAGGAGAUGACGUCAAUCGAUAGAAAACAAUUACAACAACAACAAUCAAAUGUUAUUGAGGAUUCAGUAAUUGAUGAAACAACAAAAGAUGAACGAAAUGGAAUUACAAAGACGCAUGCUUCCACUGAUGUGGAGAUGGAUCCGAAUCCCGUACCUUCUAGUCCUCUGCUACCUGGUCAGGAACCAAUUAGUCACGCCUCGUCAAUUUGCAGCAGAAAAGAUUCUGGGAUUCGUAGUAGGCGCAGCAGUAUCCAGCAACAACUAUUUUUGAUGAAUGGAAUUGCACAGGGCGAUUUAUUAACGCAAAGAGUAAGCGGUUAUUAUACUUCGAAUUCGACUUUGAAUUCAACACAGGAACCAUCGUCGUCGGUGCCACCUUAUCCAUUUCCACCGGCUGUGACCGAUACAUUUGGCGCUUGUUUUCAUAAAUUGAGAAAACAAUCCGAUCUUCAGUUAAUAAGAUGCGUUCAAGAUAAUGUUAGUUCACAAAGAUCAUAUUUUGUAAAGCCACCAUUGUCAAGUGUGACAUUAUUCUUUAAAAAUAAAGAAAUGGAAAAAGAAUAUCGUGAAAAUGCCCAUAAAGCAUCAGAAGGUUUUGGUGGUAAUCCACCAACAUUGGCAACAUCACGUUUUAAUACAUAUUUUGAUAUAUUAAUAUCGGCAUUGGUUUAUUCAUCAAUUGCAAUAUCAUUAUUUCUUCUUUGCACGCCAUCAAUUUAUUUUAUUAUUUUUUUUAUUAUUGGAACAUUAAUACAAGGUUCAGCUGUAUUAUUAUGCAUACGUCAAUUACUUGAUCCAAAUACAAUGCACGCAACAUUUACACAUCGAAUAUUUAAAUUUUUUUCACGCUGGUAUCCAUGGCAUGUUUGUGGCGCAUUAUUAGUUGCAUUGCCAAUUGUUUCAAUUCUCAUGAAUUUUACAUGUAAUUUUCGUUCAACAUUUUAUAAUUUUGAAUAUUAUUACAGUUAUUUAAUAUUUGUUGGUCUUGUGCAUUUUUGUAAUUUUACACAAUUAAAUUGUUGGAUGAAAAAUUUUCUCGUCACAUUCACCGGUAUUUUAUUUAUUUGUUUAGUUGCAAAUCAUGUGACAAAAUUUUAUCAAAAUCAAAUUUUUAAUACAACGAAUGUUGUUAAUUUAUCGUUAAUUGGUGAUUUCACCGAAAAUGUGAUAUUUGAAAAUAAAAGUCUCCUCGUCAUUCCAAUUAAUGCAAUUGAACCACGUGAAUUAUUUAAUCAAACAAGGGAAAUUUUAUUAAAAAAUAAUCAUCAAAAACAAUUGUACGAUGAAAGACUUUAUAAUUCGGAAAUAUUUUUAGAUAUAUUAUUAUUAUUAUUGUUGGUAUGGUUUUUAAAUAGAGAAUUUGAAAUUAGUUAUCGUUUAAGUUUUCAUGGUAAUGCAGUGGCGGCACGUGAUAAAGCGCGUGUACAAAAUAUGAAAAAUCAAGCCGAUUGGUUAUUACAUAAUAUUAUACCAAAAUAUGUUGCCGAUCAAUUAAAAACAACGGCAAAAUAUUCACAAAAUCAUAAAACAGUUGGUAUUAUAUUUGCAAGUAUUGUGAAUUUUAAUGAAUUAUAUGAUGAAUCAUAUUUGGGUGGCAAGGAAUAUUUACGUGUAUUAAAUGAAUUGAUUGGCGAUUUUGAUGAAUUAUUGGAGAAAUCAGAUUAUGCAAAUGUUGAAAAAAUCAAGACUAUUGGAAGUACAUUUAUGGCAGCGAGUGGUCUUAAUCCUCAGGUUCGUCAGCAAAGUGAACACGAGUACACACAUCUAUUUCAAUUACUUGAUUUUGCAAUGGCAAUGCAUAAAGUUAUUUAUGAUUUUAAUCAAGAUCUAUUGGGUUUUAAAUUAAUAUUGAGAGUGGGUUAUAAUUUUGGCGAUGUUACCGCCGGUGUUAUUGGUGCUACAAAACUUUAUUAUGAUAUUUGGGGCGAUGCCGUGAAUAUUGCAUCGCGUAUGGAUUCAACAGGUGUUGCGGGAAAAAUUCAAUUACCAAUGAAUUGUCUUGAAUUAUUAAAAGAACGCUAUGAAUUUGAACAACGUGGUCAAGUUUAUGUCAAAGGAAAGGAUAAUAUGGACGUUUGCCUUCUUAUUGGAAAAACAAAAGCAAAAUAAAAUUUGCAAAUUUUCUUCUUUUUUUUUGCCUAAAUGAAA